CCACACGAGGCUGCGCCACUCACUCAGUGGCAGACUAUCUCUAUUCUCUCCCCUCUCUGAUCUCUCUCGCCACGGACACGGAGACCCCGUGAACCGAGCUCGCCAUCCACCGCCCCAAUGGCGAUGGCCGCGGCCGGUUCCCCUUCCAAGACCCUGAUCCCCCCGCACCGCGCCUCCGCAGCGCCCGCUUCCACCUCCUGCGACUCCCUCCGCCUCCUCCUGCACCGCGCGCCGCGGGGCAGCAGCAGGCGCACGCCGCUCGGGGUGGCUUCGUCGUCCCCGGCUCCGGCGCGGCGCCCGUUCGUCUUCUCCCCGCGCGCCGUGUCCGACUCCAAGAGCUCCCAGACCUGCCUCGACCCCGACGCUAGCACGAGUGUUCUUGGGAUCAUUCUUGGAGGUGGUGCGGGAACUAGACUGUAUCCCUUGACAAAGAAGCGUGCCAAGCCGGCAGUGCCAUUGGGUGCCAACUACAGGCUUAUUGAUAUUCCUGUCAGCAACUGUCUGAACAGCAACAUAUCAAAGAUCUAUGUGCUGACACAGUUCAACUCCGCUUCUCUUAAUCGUCACCUUUCACGAGCUUACGGGAGCAACAUUGGAGGGUAUAAGAACGAAGGAUUUGUUGAAGUUCUUGCCGCACAGCAGAGCCCAGAUAAUCCUAACUGGUUUCAGGGUACUGCAGAUGCUGUAAGGCAGUACUUGUGGCUAUUUGAGGAGCAUAAUGUUAUGGAGUAUCUAAUUCUUGCGGGAGAUCACCUGUACCGGAUGGACUAUGAAAAGUUUAUUCAGGCACACAGAGAAACAGAUGCUGAUAUUACUGUUGCUGCCCUACCGAUGGAUGAGGAACGUGCAACUGCAUUUGGUCUUAUGAAAAUCGAUGAAGAAGGGAGGAUAAUUGAAUUCGCAGAGAAACCUAAAGGAGAACAGUUGAAAGCAAUGAUGGUUGACACAACUAUACUUGGCCUUGAUGAUGUGAGGGCAAAAGAAAUGCCUUAUAUCGCUAGCAUGGGUAUCUACGUUAUUAGCAAACAUGUAAUGCUUCAGCUUCUCCGUGAACAAUUUCCUGGAGCUAAUGACUUUGGAAGUGAGGUUAUUCCUGGUGCCACAAGUACUGGAAUGAGGGUACAAGCUUACUUAUAUGAUGGCUACUGGGAAGAUAUUGGUACAAUUGAGGCAUUCUAUAAUGCAAAUUUGGGAAUUACCAAAAAGCCAAUUCCGGAUUUCAGUUUCUAUGACCGUUCUGCUCCAAUUUACACACAGCCUCGACACUUGCCUCCUUCAAAGGUUCUUGAUGCUGACGUGACUGACAGUGUCAUCGGCGAAGGGUGUGUUAUUAAAAACUGCAAGAUACACCAUUCAGUAGUUGGACUCCGGUCCUGCAUAUCUGAAGGUGCAAUAAUAGAGGACACAUUACUCAUGGGUGCUGACUACUAUGAGACUGAAGCUGACAAGCAACUGCUUGCUGAAAAAGGUGGGAUUCCCAUUGGUAUUGGAAAGAACUCACACAUCAAAAGAGCAAUCAUUGACAAGAAUGCUCGUAUUGGAGACAAUGUGAAGAUAAUCAAUGUCGAUAAUGUUCAAGAAGCCGCAAGGGAGACAGAUGGAUACUUCAUCAAAAGUGGCAUCGUUACCGUGAUUAAGGAUGCUUUGCUCCCUAGUGGAACAGUCAUAUGAAGAUGAUGCGCAGUAUGUAACCGGGCACUGGGUUAGCUGGAAUCAACCGAUGAGCUCGCGAGGAGACCAUAAGAGCAAUAAAAAGGAGUGCCAUGCAAGGCACCUUCCCCUCCUUUUUUUUCUCCUUUGAUGUAUUAGGAUCUGUAAUGUACAAGUAACUUCCCUUCAGAUGUUGUGGAAAUCGGAAAUACCUGCUUAAAUUUUGGAUGUUUCGAUGUGGAACAAAAGGCGUAAACAACUUGCUAUGCCGCUGUUUUUCUA